GUCGACUGAUGCAAACUAUAUACAUCUCUUGUAGAGAUGAAACACGGAUAUGCACUUUAAUAAAUUAAAUCUUACAUUUAAUCAGAUUUGUAAUCAUACAAAAUUAAAAAUAAACAAAAUUCUUGGAAUUUAGAAAUUUAAAACGAUGUGUUCACAAGGAAUAAAAAUGAACAUAAUUGAAAAUUAGCGUCUGAAAGUAAAAGCGAAUAUGCAUGUUAAUGUUUUUGAUUUUGUAAUCACGAUAUGUGUGCUCAUGGCUGCGCGUUAUUUGCGCCAUGUUGAAACAGCGGAAGUGGUUGUGGGAGUUGCACGCGCUGUUCCUCUCCUCAACAGAAUCAUUUCCGGUACGGCUUUCUUACAGAUUCCAGUCAACAGUAGGAUUAAGUGUUUGUCCGAGUGUUCGAGGAGAAACUGUUCAUCGUUUAAUUUUGGUAACGGAGAGUGUCAUCUUUAUAACACAUACCUGUGUGCUGACCAGACAUUGAUUGUCCUGUCCGGCUUUAAAUAUUACGAUGUUGAAUAUGGCGACAUGAUACCAAUAGCAGACGUAUAUAGAACGUUACCCGACUGCCUCUUGUUGGGAAGAUGCUCACCUAAAUGUUAUAUCGGAACAACAACAGUUACUAUAUCAACAACAACAACAACAGCAGCGACAACUACUACUACUACUACCACUACUACUCCAGCACCCACAACUACAACUUCCACACCGGCACCCACUACUACAACUACAACUACCACACCGGCACCCACUACCACAACUACCACGCCGGCACCCACUACUACAACUACCACACCGGCACCCACUACUACCACAACUACCACUCCGGCACCCACUACCACAACUACCACGCCGGCACCCACAACCACAACUACCACUCCGGCACCUACUACCACAACUACCACUCCGGCACCCACUACUACAACUACCACACCGGCACCCACUACCACAACUACCACUCCGGCACCCACAACUACGGAAUCAUCAGCCCCUGGUCCAGGUGAUGUCAAUUAUGCAUGUUCAAUUGAUGACGACUGUACGGCACCGAAUGCGGACUGUAGAAACAAUGUGGUAUGUGAGUGUGUGGCUGGGUAUAGUUAUAACCCUCCAACAAAAUCAUGUGUUACAA